UAAUCAUUCUUGUUCUUUCUUCGUUCACGGCUUAUUUUUUGGUUACGCAGUGCAAAUAUUUAAAUGAAAUAUUUAAUUCAAUAAUUUUAACUUAAGUGAUAUUAAAAAACGAUAACCAUGAAUAAUUUAACUAAACAAUUAGUGCGUCUUUCGGUCACUCAAUUAAAUUUGUUAAAUGGCAACAAAUUAGUAAAUUUUGCUGCUCCACUAGUAGCGGCCGGUCUGCACACGACUUCUAGUGUGUCAGCUCGUUACAAUAAACACAAUACAGGACCACAGAAGUGGUUGCAAUACAAUAAAGUUGUUCACCCGCCACAACAACCAGAUGAGGAACCCCGUAAAGCGUACGUUUGUCAUAUGCGCACCAACAUCAAAUACAGUCCCGAUAAAAUGUGGUACAUUGCCUCCUUUGUCAGAGGCAUGUCUGUCGAUGAGGCCUUAAAACAACUUAGUUUUGUUUUAAAGAAAGGAGCCGUAGAUGUUAAAGAAGUCAUACAAGAAGCUAUCGAAAUGGCCCAAAAAAGCCAUAAUGUUGAGUACAAAAGUAACUUAUGGAUUGCUGAAUCGUUUGUAGGUAAAGGUCGCGUUUUUAAGGGCUUCAGACGUCAUGGCCGUGGUCGUGUUGGUGUUGUUGAAUAUAAAUAUUGUCAUUAUUUUGUACGUUUAGAGGAGGGUGAGCCACCAAAGAAUUACUAUUUGCCCAAUCCUCAAACACCUUCGGAACAAUUUGAGAAUUGGUUGGAUCAAAUGCGCAAACGCAAGGUUAUCAAUUCCUUGUAAAUUGUUUUUUCUUUUGGAAUUUUGUUUAAAAAUAAAUUUGAUAAAUUAUGAAAAUUAUGA